AUGGCGCAGCAACCAAAUGACAAUGUUAUGCGAAGGAAGCUGGUGAUUAUCGGAGAUGGUGCAUGUGGGAAAACCAGUCUUCUCAGUGUCUUUACAUUGGGCUAUUUCCCAACGGUCCCUACCGUUUUUGAGAACUACGUGACGGAUUGCAGAGUCGAUGGUCGCUCCGUACAAUUAGCAUUGUGGGAUACUGCAGGUCAGGAAGACUACGAGCGAUUGCGACCCAUGGCAUAUUCCAAAGCCCAUGUCAUUCUGAUCGGCUUCUCCGUCGACACCCCUGAUAGUUUGGAGAACGUAAAGCAUAAGUGGAUGGACGAAGCAAACGAGCGAUGCCCCGGCGUUCCAAUCAUAUUGGUUGGUUUAAAGAAAGACCUUCGCGAUGACCCGCUUGCAAUAGAGGAGAUGAGAAAGAAAUCGCUACGAUUCGUGACACCCAAAGAGGGCGGGGAUAUAGCAACUUCGAUUGGAGCCAGGAAGUACCUGGAGUGUUCAUCCUUAACGGGUGAGGGGGUCGACGAUGUCUUCGAAGCGGCCACCCGCGCGGCCCUUCUCACGUUUGAGAAGCGAAAGAGUUCAUGCUGCAUCGUCCUAUGA